AUGUUAAUUCAAGACCUUUGGAGGACCGGAUGCGAGUGGGACGAGCUAAUCGACGAUGAGUCAUAUACUAAAUGGCGACAGUGGACGGAAAUGCUACCUGAAAUAGAACGAGUACGAGUUCCCAGGUCUUAUUUUGGGACUGUUCACUCAGACGACUACGGGCAAAUUCAAUUACACGUAUUUUGCGACGCUGGGGAGAAUGCUUACGGUUGCGCUGGUUAUCUACGGAUCGUCGUCAACGAAGAAGUAAAAUGCUCCUUAGUUAUGGCCCGAUCCAAAGUUGCUCCGCUAAAACAGUUAACGAUUCCGCGACUGGAACUGCAGGCCGCAGUGCUAGCAGCACGGAUGGUGAAGACACUCCAGUUAAACCAUUCACUCGAGAUUAAUCGAGUAUUCAUUUGGAGCGACUCGCAAACUGUGUUGUCGUGGAUUCGAUCCGACCAACGUAAAUAUAAACAGUUCGUCGGUUUUAGGAUUGGGGAGAUUCUGAGCUUGUCGUGUCUUGCGGACUGGAGAUGGUUACCGUCGAAAUUAAACACCGCUGAUUGUUUAACGAAAUGGGGGCGCAAACCCUCGCUGGAAUCAGGAAGUCCAUGGUUCAAUGGACACGAUUUCAUUCAUAAAUCGCCAGAUUCAUGGCCACAACAAGUUCUACCGCCAGCAAAUACGUUAACGGAGAUGAGAGCCACGUUUUUGUUUCAUCACAUAGUAUUGACCGAGCAGUUCAUGGAUGUCAGCAGAGUCUCUAAAUGGAACAUACUUGUGCGAACAGUGACCUGUCUGUUUAGAUUCGUUUCUAAUUGUAGACGUAAAGGCCGUGGACAGCCCAUCGAGAGCCUAAAGCCGACAGAAGUUCAGGCAAAACGAAUUGUGACGAACUUGUCUGCAGUGAGAGUUCCAAUACGCCAAGCAGAAUUCAAAAAAGCCGAAGAGGUGCUGUUCAAAAUGGCACAGAGCGAGGCGUUCGGAGACGAAAUAAAAACAAUUCGCAGAAAUCAGGAAUCAGAUCGUAGUCAAUGGAUUACUCUGGAGAACUCAAGUGUACUACGCGGAAUGACGCUUCUUCUUGAUGAUUCCGGAGUCCUACGGUUGGAAGGCCGUAGUGCAAAUGCGGAGUUUCUACCAUUUGACCUGCGUUUCCCGAUUAUACUGCCGAAGGCCAACGGAGUUACAGAAAAGUUAGUCCAGUAUUUUCAUGAAAGGUUCGGUCAUGCUUUCAGAGAGACGGUGAAGAACGAACUCAAGCAAAGAUUCUUGAUACCAAAGAUAAGUUCCUUGAUCGCUAAGGUUGAAAAGCAAUGUGUUUGGUGUAAAAUUCAUAAGAACCGUCCACACACGCCAAGAAUGGCGGCACUUCCAGUACAACGAUUAACUCCAUUUCAACGGCCUUUCACCUAUGUAGGCGUUGAUUAUCUGGGCCCGGUGGAUGUAACCGUAGGACGACGCACAGAAAAACGGUGGGUCGUGGUCUUCACAUGCCUUGUAGUGCGAGCCAUUCAUCUCGAGGUAGCUCACAACCUUACUGGUCAGUCUUGUGUCAUGGCCAUCCGACGCUUUAUAUGUCGCCGAGGACCAGCAGCGGAGUAUUUCUCAGAUAAUGGAACGAAUCUACGAUCGGCUAGUAAAGAGAUGCUACAACAGUUUCAGGAAAUCAAGGACGAGUGCGCAGAAGAGUUCACAAAUGCCAGAACUAAGUGGCACUUCAAUCCGCCCGCCACGCCACACAUGGGAGGCGUGUGGGAGCGUAUGGUACGAACGGUUAAAGAGGUGAUGAGUGUAUUGAACGACGGCCGCAGACUCAAUGACGAAAUUUUAUUGACUUCACUUUCCGAGGCAGAAGAUAUGAUAAACAGCCGUCCUCUUACGUUCGCCCCACAGGAAUCGUAUCAAGAUCUUUAA